CAGACAUUCUCACUACCGACUUCUCCGAUCCGAUGCGGGCGCACCUGCCGCACCGCCGUCGCGUCUUGACAUGGCUCGGCUACGCGAUCUCGGCUGGAGUCAUCUUCUGGCUCCUCUACAUUGUGGUCCGGCUGCUUGCGUUUGCGCAGUUGUUUGGUAAACUGGGACCGCAUGCCGGAAUCGCCGUCACUCAGUCGCAAGUACUCGAAGCACACGACAACCACGCCGAGCCUGUCAUUCCGAGGAUAAUACAUCAAAUCUAUCACAAUUGGAAGGAUCCAACAAGCAAGCAGCUGCCAGAGGACUGGGAGGCUGCACGUCAGACGUGUAUUGACAAAAACCCUGGAUGGGAUGUCAAGAUCUGGCACUCCCAGGACUCCCUCGCAUUCAUCGCCAACGAAUACCCUUGGUUCCUCUCGACGUACGAAGGCUACAAGUAUCCGAUACAACGUGUCGAUGUCAUGCGCUACUUUCUCGUUCGCAAAUACGGUGGCAUAUACAUCGAUCUAGACAAUGGAUGCGAAGCUUCACUCGAGCCCUUUCGCAGCCUACCGGCCUUUACCACCGACGGGGGUCUUGGAGCGUUGAGCAACAACAUCAUCGGAGCGCAGCCCGAACACCCUUGGACCCGCAUGUUGACGGAGAACCUCGAAGCCUACAACUGGAAUUGGCUGCUGCCAUACGCAAGGGUCAUGUACAACAGCGGACAAUGGUAUCUGACAGCCAUGUGGGAACAAUACCACGCGAGGCUUCGGGAAGGGAGUGUAGCGCCGUACCCGGGCUCAAACUGGGCGAAACUCCACCGCGUCAUGAUGGACGAGCGUGAGGGUGCCGACCGGUGGGUGUUUUGGAACCACGCAGGUCACGGUGGGACUUGGGGAGCAGGAGACGACUGGUUCUGGGCCUGGCUGGGCCGGCACUGGAUCGAAGCGGUCGUCGAGGCCAUUGCUGCCGUUGUUGCGCUCCUAACGAGCUUUGCUUGCUGUCUCAAGUGUGCAAGGCGCAGGAGACUGCGACGCAUAGUGGAUAGAGGAUACAAGUAUGCAAAAGUUGAAGACGAUGUUGAUGUGGAGCUGUUGGGUGGCAGGUAUUGUUGACAAGUCUGAGCUUGAUCACGGUGAUCCGGAAGUCAUUGGACGUCUGCAUGUAUUGGUCUGACUGGUAGAUCAGACAAGACCUGGCCUGUGAGCUGGUCAUUCUUAUCAAAACCUGACUGGCCUAUGGUAGCAGGAAGCAAAUACGACAGCGGACAAUUUGUAUUGGUAUAAUAGAGAAUGAGGUUUGGAUAUCGG